AUGACUACCCCCACCCCUUCAUCUGCUCCCGAACCCUCCGCGGCUCCUGGUACACCGGCGCCCCCGCCGGCGCCCGUUGCCGGCGGCCCCAUCAAUCCUCCCGCUGACGGAGCGCCCCGACGCCCCGGUGGAUUUGGCGGCGGACCGGGCGGACCUCGUCCUGGAGGCGGUGGUCCCGGUGGUGGACGACCCCCAAGCAGAGGCGGCCCGCGCACCGGACCUGGAGGGCGUGGCGGCGGACGUCGGUAUGGGCCGCGUCGGCGGGUGUGUAACUUCACGGUUGAGAAGGUUACGCCCGACUACAAGGACGUUGACCGGUUGCGCCGUUAUAUCUCGGAGCAGGGCAAAAUUGACCCGACCCGCAAGACGGGAACGUCGGCGAAGAACCAGCGGUUGUUGGCUACUGCGAUCAAGCGCGCCCGCUUCCUCGCCCUGCUGCCCUACGCCCCUGAGCACAGCAUCAACGUCGGAAUGCGCCCCGGUGGUAGGUAG